AUGGGCGCGUCAGGUGUUUACGACCCUUCUCUCGGUCAGAAGCAGCCAUUCGAUGGAGUAGCCAUGUAUCUGGUUCACGAAAGGAAAUCCGAUGUGGAUUUACGCGCUUACCUACAACAGGCAGCGACGAUGCGGGAGCAACAUAAAACGCCUGCAAAACCAACACAAUCUAAAGGUUCAUUUGACAUGCCAGCGUUAUUCGAUUUCGAGACUAUACACGGAUUAAAUCUUGCUAAACCUCAAAUAUACAAGGACAGGUUAGCCAAAACAGAGCUAUUGUUUAAGAAAGGUAGCAGAAACCAAAACACGACACAGCCUGAAGAUCCUAAGAAUCUUGAAGACAUGGUUCCUCUGAGCUUGUUCGAUAUGAAGGCUGGAGUGAAUGAGGAUGUCAUCAGAUGGACGAGCUGCGACGAUUUUGCUAAGAAAGCGCGAUUCCAUCCGAGAGACGUGGCGGGGGUGGACUGGGUCCCGUUCUACUUGUGGUCGAUGCAGACUUAUCCAAUUCCUGAGGAGUUUAAAUUCUCAUAUCCUACGAGGAGGAUUGUUCAAGAAUACAAAGAUCUGUACGAGUCAAAGUUGACAAAGAAAAUAGACUGGACAGCACCCAUGUUGCUUCUGCGUAACUGGCUUGAGAUGCUUCUGGUGGCUGGGGACAAGAGAGGACUGUUCUACGGCAUCCCUAAGUCUGCCAUCCCGGACGAUGUCAGAAAUUCAACGACAUGGUACCCACACGCCACAAUCAGAAUGAAGAUGGUGGACCAAUACCUUGCCAUGAUGUUCUGCGAGGAGCACUUAGCCAUGAUGCUGGCUGUGGUGGGAGAAGAGCCGGACCCUCAGGAGAGCGCCGCCGAGGCUGCCAAGCUUGGCUUCCAUGGCAUCGGGGCUCCGGUGACCAAGCAGGGUCAAGUGGGGUCACCGAAAGAUGAUAGGUUUGAAGACUUUGACGAAAAAAUUAAUCUGGAUCGGCAUUCUGCUGUUGUGAAGUCUUUCUAUACACCUUAGAUGAAAAGUUC